AAGCUCGAGUGUGGUGGGCUGCGGGCUGUGCCGGGUGCGCAUAGACCGUGCGCUCCUAGCGGCAGCACCGUUGAAAUCAAACAGGCAGAGAGAGAGAAAGACGGGGGAUGUUCAACUGACUUGUACGACUGUACACUUUCAGCGCUUUAUCCCAGACUAAGCACAUGGGUCUUCUGGGAGCUGGUUCCCGUUGUGACAGAACAACUUUUUGGGAAUGCAUGAGAGUUUACGCCUGCGUUUCAGUCAGAGUCUCAGCCGAGUCAUGUGCUGAAGUGAGAAGACAUCGCUGAAGAUUUGAAAGGUGCCACAGACGCGUCCUAAGGAACCGAGGACCUGCGGAGAAGUGGCCAGCCUACGUUUGUUUUCCAGUGUGGACUUACUGUACAUUUCUCCUGUCACAGGCUCCUGCGGGCUUCAGCUUGUGUUGUAGGUCAUCUUGGAGAAACAGCACAUAUUGCGGAUGAACUCACGGGGCAAGCAGGGAUAAUACUCACAGACCGAGUUUGGUUUCAAGGUUUGGUGGAUAUGAACACCCCGAGCAGCUCCGGGUGACCUACUGUAACAUGGAUCCUGUCAGUUUUUGGACAUUGAAACUGGCUUUUGUCAGUAACUAGGAGCUCUCCAGAACUCCCAGAAACACGGAGUAGACUUGCCUGUCAUUUCGGACAUAUUUUUCUGCAGUGAAUUCGAGGAUUUGCGCGCCCGCCGUGGAUGUUUAAUAUGCUAGUAUGGGUCCGCUAGCGUUCAUCCUUGUUGGCGGAUUACUGUAUUUUCAAGUUGAUGGAUCCCGUCUGCGCCAGGAGGACUCCCCACCCCGGAUUGUGGAGCACCCCUCUGACCUGAUUGUCUCCAAAGGGGAGCCGGCCACUCUCAACUGUAAAGCAGAGGGGCGGCCAGUCCCGACAGUGGAGUGGUACAAGGAUGGAGAGCGGGUGGAAACGGACAAAGAUGACCCACGUUCUCACCGCAUGUUGCUGCCCAGUGGCUCGCUUUUCUUCCUUCGCAUCGUUCAUGGACGACGGAGCAAACCGGACGAGGGAGCCUACGUCUGCGUGGCCCGGAACUACCUGGGAGAAGCUGUCAGCCGCAAUGCAUCUUUGGAAGUAGCAUUGCUGCGAGAUGACUUCAGACAAAACCCUACAGACGUGGUGGUGGCAGCAGGAGAGCCAGCGAUCCUUGAGUGUGUUCCUCCCAGAGGCCACCCAGAACCCACCAUCUACUGGAAGAAAGACAAAGUGCGAAUUGACGACAAGGAUGAUAGGAUCACCAUUCGAGGAGGGAAGCUAAUGAUCUCCAACACAAGAAAGAGCGACGCUGCCAUGUAUGUCUGUGUGGGUACCAACAUGGUCGGAGAGAGGGACAGCGAGACAGCACAAGUCACAGUGUUUGAGCGACCAACCUUCCUCAGGAGGCCCAUCAACCAAGUGGUCCUGGAGGAGGAGACGGUGGAGUUCCGCUGCCAGGUACAAGGAGACCCUCAGCCAAAUGUGCGCUGGAGGAAAGACGACAUUGACGUUCCUCGUGGGAGGUAUGAGAUCAAGUAUGACAAGGACGAUUAUGUGCUGAGAGUGAAGAAGGCUUCCAUUAACGACGAGGGCACGUUCACCUGUGUGGCAGAAAACCGCGUGGGCAAGCUGGAGGCCUCCGCCUCUCUCACAGUCAGAGCUCGCCCCGUGGCUGCACCUCAGUUUGUCAUCCGCCCAAGGGACCAAAUUGUGGCUCAAGGCCGCACUGCCACCUUCCCAUGUGAAACCAAAGGAAACCCUCAGCCUGCUGUGUUCUGGCAGAAGGAGGGCAGUCAGAAUUUGCUCUUUCCCAACCAACCCCAGCAGCCCAACAGUCGCUUCUCGGUGUCACCCAGCGGAGACCUCACCAUCUCAUCUGUGCAGCGGGCAGAUGCUGGUUACUAUAUCUGCCAGGCCCUGACCGUUGCAGGCAGUAUCCUCGCCAAGGCUCAACUGGAGGUCACAGAUGUGCUCACAGACAGGCCACCACCCAUCAUUCGCCAAGGCCCAUCCAAUCAGACCCUUGGGGUGGACAGUGUGGCACUGCUGAAGUGCCAGGCGUCAGGAGACCCCAUCCCCUCCAUCAGCUGGCUGAAGGAUGGGGUCAGUCUGCUGGGAAAGGACGCCCGCAUGUCCCUGCAGGAGUUGGGCAGUCUGCAGAUCAUAAACGUCAAGCUUUCAGACUCUGGGAUCUACACAUGUGUGGCUACCAGCUCAAGCGGUGAAACAUCGUGGAGUGCUUUCUUGGAGGUCAAAGAAUCAGGUGGAGUGAUGGUCAUGAAGAACCAUGAUGAGAAUGAACUUCCAGGCCCUCCAUCUAAACCUCAGGUCACUGAUGUCACCAAGAACAGUGUGUCUUUGUCCUGGCAGCCUGGGAUGGCUGGAGCAUCUCCUGUCUCCUCUUAUGUCAUUGAAGCAUUCAGUCAGUCAGUGAGCAACAGCUGGCAAACCGUAGCAGAUCAUGUCAAAACCACCCAGUUUACCGUCAAAGGUCUCCGUCCCAACACCAUCUACCUGUUCAUGGUCCGAGCAGUCAACAGCCAGGGCCUGAGUGAUCCGAGCCCCAUGUCUGAUCCUGUCAGGACACAAGAUAUAAGUCCUCCAGCUCAGGGUGUCGACCACAGGCACGUACAGAAGGAGCUUGGUGAGGUCAUAGUUCGGUUGCACAACCCAGUUGUCCUGAGUCCCACAACCAUUCAGGUCACAUGGACGGUGGAUCGUCAGUCUCAGUUCAUCCAGGGUUACAGAGUUCUGUACAGGCAGACAUCAGGACUGCCUUCACCAGGAACCUGGCAGACCCAAGAUGUUAAGGUCCCAUCUGAGCGCAGUGUUGUUCUCUCUGCACUGAAAAAGGGCAUUGUGUAUGAGAUCAAGGUCCGUCCUUAUUUCAACGAGUUUCAAGGCAUGGACAGUGAAUCCCGAACGGCACGGACAACUGAGGAAGCUCCCAGUGCACCUCCUCAGCAGGUAACAGUCCUGACUGUGGGGAACCAGAACAGCACUUCCAUUAGCAUCUCCUGGGACCCCCCUCCACCAGACCACCAGAACGGCAUCAUCCAAGAGUACAAGAUCUGGUGUCUGGGGAAUGAGACACGUUUCCAUGUAAAUAAGACGGUGGAUGCAGCCAUUCGCUCAGUGGUGGUGGGUGGGCUGCAGGUGGGAGUGGUGUACCGGGUGGAGGUGGCUGCCAGCACAAGUGCAGGAGUUGGAGUCAAAAGCGAACCUCAGUCUAUUAUCAUUGGUAAGGAGUUCCGGGACGUGAUUAUACAUGGAAACCGCAACAACAGCAUCACAGAACAGAUCACCGAUGUGGUGAAACAGCCUGCCUUUAUCGCUGGUAUUGGAGGGGCGUGCUGGGUCAUCCUCAUGGGCUUCAGCAUCUGGCUCUACUGGAGGAGAAAGAAGAGAAAGGGCCUGAGCAACUACGCAGUUCAGUCCUUCACCUUCACCCCUGCAGUGACAUUCCAGAGAGUCGAUGGUGGUCUGAUGAGCAAUGGAAGCCGGCCAGGCCUGCUGAAUGCCAGUGACCCAGGUUACCCCUGGUUAGCGGACUCUUGGCCAGCCACCAGCCUGCCUGUCAACAGCAGCUCCGGGGGACCCAAUGACCUGAGUAACUUUGGCCGAGGAGAUCUCCCCACUGGGCAAGGAGAUAAAACAGGCACCAUGCUCUCUGAUGGAGCCAUCUACAGCAGCAUAGACUUCACCACCAAAGCCAACUACAACAGCCCUGGCCAAACGUCCCAGGCCACUCCCUAUGCCACCACCCAGAUUCUCCACUCCAGCAGCAUCCACGAGCUGGCAGUGGACCUGCCCGAGGCCCAGUGGAAGGCUUCACUCCAGGCCAAACAGGAGAUGGCCAACCUGGGGUACUCGCUGCCCGACAAGAACUCCUGCAACAACACCCUCCUUUUCAUUCCUGACUACCGAUUGGCCGAAGGAUUGUCUAAUAGAAUACCACACAACCAAUCACAAGAUUUCAGCACCACCAGCUCUCACAACAGCUCAGAGCGAAGCGGCAGUCUCUCAGGUGGAAAGGGAGGGAAGAAGAAGAAGACCAAGGCUGGCUCCAAACCCACUAAAGCCAAUGGAUCCAACUGGGCCAAUGUUCCCCUGCCCCCUCCCCCUGUUCACCCUCUCCCUGGCACUGAGAUGGACCAUUAUCCCAAUGAGCAUCAUGAAGGAGGAGGGUAUGAGAGUGAUGGCUGGGGCCCGCCCAUGCCCGUGCAGACCUAUCUUCACCAGGGCAUGGAGGAUGAGCUGGAGGAGGAGGAGGAGAGGGUGCCCACCCCACCCAUCCGAGGGGUUGCCUCUUCCCCGGCUGCUGUGUCCUUUGGACAGCAGUCCACAGCCACCCUUACCCCUUCUCCCCGGGACGAGAUGCAGCCCAUGCUCCAGGCCCAUUUGGAUGAACUGACCAGAGCAUACCAACUGGACAUGGCAAAACAGACAUGGCACAUGCAGGUUGGCUCACUUCCGCCCCAGGCUCCAGCUCCUCCAGUGGGCUACGUGUCGAGCACAAUGGUUUCUGACCUGGAGACUGACCUGCCUGAUGACGAUGAGGAGGAGGAGGAAGAAGAGGAGGAUGAAGGCUAUGGAGCCAGGCAUCCCCGUGGCAUUGAGCACACACCAGGGUCUAGCAUGGACAACCUGGACAGCUCUUUAACAGGGUCCAUGGUGAAUGGGUGGGGCUCAGCCUCGGAGGAUGACCGUAAUUUCUCAAGCCAUAGGUCCAGUUUGGGCAGUUCGUCUGAUGGCUCCAUCUUUACCCACUGCAGCUUUGCCCAGGCCCUGGUGGCCGCUGCAGACAAGGCAGGCUAUCGCCUUGAAGGCACUAGCCUCAGCAAGAGAGGUAAAGGCUUGUCCCACAGGCCCCGGCCCAGCAGUCCAUUCUCAACAGAUGGCAGCACAGUCGGCACACACAGCUUGGGCCACCAGAGGGCCACCAGGCCCACACGCAAACCCCGAAGCCAGGGCACAGCACCCCACCGGAGAGAUGCUGGUGCAGACGACCUACCUCCUCCCCCUGAGCCUCCUCCCUGUCAGGGGCAGGGCCGUAUCCAGGGGGCCCGCAGUGUAAGCAGCAUGGUACCCCCUACAGAUAGGAAGGCUUCAUCUCUGGAGCGCCCGCCUAUGUCAGGACCCCUGUCUGGGCCGGAGGACAUGAAGAGCUCCAUUGACAGACAGGCACGCACUUCUCUGGAACAUCAUCGCCAGGCUCAGGACAGGCUGGGCUCCAUGGACCGAGCUGAUGAUGGACGCAGGGGACACAAAACAGAGGACGGGUGCCUGCCAUACAACAAACCAUCCUUCCCCUCCCCUGGUGGCCAUAGCUCCUCUGGCACAGCCUCCUCCAAGGGCUCGACGGGGCCACGCAAGAACGAGGGUCCACGACAGCCACAACAGUGGACCGCCACAGAGCAUGCUGAAUUCCUGGGGACCAACGGACAGGGACAUUACUCCGGAGAGUUAUAGUGAUCUGCCUGGGAUGUGAACUGGAGAAAACCCGGUCUGUCCUCGAAAGAAUGACGCCCCCCUUGUUGGGGCAGCGAACUUUGUCCUUACCUGUGUGUCCUCAGAGGGAAGGAGUGCAGCUGAGGGCACCACAGAGAGAAGCAGUGUCACAGAACUGUAAAUGUGAUGUAUAGACACAGACAUACUGUACAUCUCACUAUGUUUUCGUCCUCAAGAAAAUAUUUUCCACCUCCUACCUUACUGUAAUUUUCUUUUUGUUAGAAAAAGGCAAGUGAAAAAAAAAAAGAAAACAUCUAUACGAGAACAAAUUUUCUGGUAACUGCCCUUGGGGAAAAGGGAAUUUUGUUUCCUGUAAAUAUAUUCUUUAACUUGUUGUUGCAUUGCUAUGCAAGCCGAAUUCAGUUUGAGCUUUUUAUUUCCAUAUACAGGAACAGUUGGUUUUAUCUGGUUAUUUGUAUUAUAUGUGAAUUGAGUGGCUAUUGUGCCAUAAAAUAAUUGUUUUAUAAUCCAUUGUUUGUUAAUAGUUACCAUUAAUUAUUAUCAUUAUUAUUAUUAAUUAUUGUUUUUGCACUGCAAUUUUUGGUGAUAAGCACAAAAACAUAGCUCCUGCUGACAUGAAGAACCGGAAGAAUAUGUGAAGAGGAGUUUCUGUACUGUAAAGUAAAGAGAAGAAAAUUAUAUACUAAUGUACAGAGAGAUAUUAAAGAGUACGGCUUUGCUCGCAGACAGCAACAAAUAAGGCACCCGUUUCCAUAGUUGAGACUAAUUGGGUGGCAGACACACAAGGGUCCCGAGGGUCUGAAGGGCAGACAUGAGGCUGGGAGAAUUGUACACAGAGGAUACUGUAUUACUGUAGGUGACCGAGUUGAUUAUUUAAUUCCUAAUUAACUGUCCUAAAACAAUAGUUUGUUAUCAGAAACAUUGGGGUCAAUGCUUGGGGCGACUCCAGGCGCUGCUCUGUUUUGAGAAACAGGCUUUUUUCAAGUUUUGUUUAUAUGAUUUACUGCCUAAAUAAUUUUUCCUACACUGAGUUUACGCUCCUCAUUCAGUAUAAUAGCACACUAGCCAUAAAACAGCCAAAAGGGAGGAGGAGUCAGUGGAUCUGCCCGCAUGCUGUAGUUCAGUCAUAGCACUUACAGAGGCAGAUUUAUGAUCCAUCUAUAGCCUUAACAGGUACGCAGACAUCACCAAGGAGUAUUGUGUGUGUGAUUAGUAGCAAUUAUACUCCCAAGCCUGCCUAAAAUAUCAGUGGAGCUACAUAAUUUGUUUACAUCUUUUAUGCUUUGAAUUUUAUGUCUUUGGUUCCAUCAUUUUAAUAUUUGCUUUUUACAGCACUUACUGUUUUAUGUUUGUGAUAUUAUUUGUGGUGCAGUAUCAUCCGAGAAAACAACACGCUGCCCCGCUCGGUCCGGCUAAGUGCUGUUUAAAUUAGGUAAGCUAUUAAAGCAGUUGUUGCUCUAAAGGUUGGUGCCUCGGUUGCCAAUAAACUACGAUCAGCACAGUCUUGUGUCGAUGACUUUGAGAAGAAAUGGCGUGUGCACGAUUUACAAUGUAGCUUUGAGUCACUGUUUGAAGUGAUAAUGGAAAAAAAAGCCUUGUAUAUUAACAAGCAGGUCCCACUGCCUCCAUGUCUACAGCCACAGUGUGGAGCAGAACACUUCCUAUCUGCCUGACCGCCACAAAACACACACACUUAUCAUCUGCCGCUUUCGACUUCUCAGCCUCUGAAUCUCGAUUUUUUGUUUUUUUUUUUGUCUCUUCAGACGAUGUUUCAUUGGUUGUCCUUUUUUUAAAUGAAAAGCUUGUUUCUUUGUAUGCCUUUUAUGGACUCCAAAACGCUGCUUACAACAAUGUUUUCAAUAUUAAUGUUCAGGAUUUUUGUGGUUCAAUGACUGUUCUGUUUUGUCUUUUUUUGUACUGCUAAUGUUGAUAAAAAGGGGGGUGGAAACUAAAGGCCGUCAGAUGCUGUUGUACUGUUGUCGUCAUGCCAUUGUCAUUUUAUAUCAUCCACCCAGUGGCCAGUGUUCUGGAAAUGAGGUGCAAAGAGUAUCUCAGGUUAUUUUACAUUCUGGUGGUGUUUAUGUAUGUGUAUAUAUGUGUAUAUAUCCAUACGCAUCUCCACUUGAUUAUGCCAUUCCAUUUUCAUUGACAAAAAUAUCCCUCUCAUGUCCGAUUCUGUCGUCCCCUCUUUUCUUUUCUGCUGUGGAUUUUGAUUCUGAGUAUAAUGUGCUGGUUCAUCCACCUUAAGACAAGAUGUCAGUAAAAGAACAUACCAAAUUAAGAUUGAUAUUUCUAAUGUCUAAUGCGUUUUAGUGUCUCUUUAAUACUCAUUGUUUUCUUUUCAAUCACAGUGUCGUUUUGUAUUUAUUAAAAUGAUAAUAAAAGUAUAUUGUGAAAUAUGCAUAAAGAUUCGUGGAAUAUAAAAUGUGUUUUCUGUUCCUUGUAAAGUUUGCUGUCAGAGCCGAGCAGCGAGGCCAUAAGGAGAUGAUAGGCACACUGUGCUCACAGCACGGUGGAGUGCCGGGUCAGUAGUCGUCUGAGUCACUCUUCGUCCUGCAUGUUCACCGCACUGCUCCUCUCAUGUCAAAACGAAAGAAACUUAAAACCUUUUUUGAACACAAGGAGCAAAAACGCUCACAAUUUGCUUGUCAAGACAAUAGAGAAAACGUCUUUUUGGAAGGAUGAAAGUACUUUGGCUUUCCCUCUCUUUUGUUCAUUUUCUCAAUAUUGUUGAUUCUUUGUAGCCUAUCUGUGUGUUGCCUUUUUGCUAUAAAAGAGGAUUAAAAAUGACAAAAAGAGAAAGUUGUCGGGUGAAGUCUUUCUGUACAGUAUGGGGUGAGGUGACACCCCGAUCCAAUGCCAUUUCUACCGUACAGUACAUUCUGCUUUAUUUUCUGUAAACCACCUUCUGUAUUCACUUGCAUGUCCUUGUCUAAGAAGAGAGUGGAUCAAGAAAAUAAACUUUUACAGUCUCAUUCCCAUGUCCUGUAAGAUAAAUCCAUGUUCUUUUUUUUCCUUGUACCUGGAUCAAUAUCAAAUAAAAUA